AUGGCAUGUGGGGACCAAGGGGAGAAUGAAAGGGGGAGGGACGUGGCCGCGAGGACCGGUAGAAGGGCGACACUGCCACUGCUCCAUAUUGAGUCGGGAUCCCCGACGGUGCGGCCACUGCCCCGACCAACGGCACCCCUAACGAAGGUGUUCGCAUGACUACAUUGCUUGUUUCCCUCCCUGCCGUAUGCUAUACUCCUUUAUGUAUGUCCUUGUAUUGCCUUCGGCCUCUGUGCUGUGUUUCUUUUUUUUUCAUGACCUCCCUGCCUGCUCUGCUGUGUUGGGUACCUUGAUAUCGCUUUGCUGUUGCCUUUGUUUUUUUGUACGGCUGGCUGUCUGCCCAUCUGCCGCCUCUUUGCCCUGUUUGCUCCGUUACUCCCAUGCCCUGGUGCGCAGUGCCUGGUGCUGGUACGUUACGUUACCCUUUCAUUUUUUCUUUCGGCGGGUGUGGGAAGCGUCCUCCUUUAUUUAUUUUUUUUGUUAUUUUUGUUUUGUUUUAUUUUGAUCGGUGUCCGAGGGCUCUUUUCUCGAACAGUAGGUGCGAUACCUGUUCUUUUCUUUCUUUCGAUCAUUUUGUUU